AUGAGCUUGAGUUUGCACCAGCUUGAUUUGGAAGCCCUUACGGGUUUUGGUGUCCUUGUUUACCUCGUUUACCUUCUAAAACUACAGAAGAGCAUCAAUCUGGAUGCAGCUGGGGCUGAGCUCACAUCGAACGGCUUCAUGUCUUUUUUUUAUUGCCUUGCCAUGCUUUGCCACAGUGCAACCACAUCACUUCAGUGCCAGAGUGUCACCAGAGCAGUAGAGUUUCUGGCAGGGACGCAAGAAGCCAAAGCCAAAGGCCAAAGCAGAGCCCAAGAAGCCCCUGCAUCUCGGCAAGAAAUCCCUGGAACUCCAGAUGGGCAGAAAGAGAACGGCGAAGAAGGCGGAGAUGUGGAACCGAAGGAUACUGGUGAAGGAUCGAAAAAAGCAGGCAUACUAGAUGUUGACGGUGAUGGCGAUGUUGACCUCGAGGAUUUCAUGGCUAUGGGUGAGGCCGAUGUAGAGGGAGAGGCAGUGGAUGACUUUGAGCACAUGAAAACUUAUGGUCUGAGAUUCAUCCCUGCGCAGAUCAUCAUUUGUGUUCUGCUUUGGCUCAUCGGGGCCAUCUACAUGGCUGUCACAGCGAACGAGAACAUCUUCCUCGCAAAGGGUGGUCUAGAUACCUUUGCAAAUGGGUGGACAUCAGUGCGAACCCAUAAGGACACGGAUCUUCGUUGGCAAGCUAUUUGGAGGUUGAUCACGUACCAGUUUACUCAUGGUCACUUCACUCAUAUCGCCAUGAACACCUUAGUCGCCCUGUUCACCGGCAUUCCCCUGGAAGGAUUCCAUGGCCCAAAGCGCACAUUCAUCGUGUUCGAAACGAGCGUGAUUUGUGGUGGGCUGUGGCAUAUGGCAUGGAGGCCCCAUGACUCAGCUCUUGUUGGCAUGUCGGCAGGAUGCUAUGCCCUUAUGGCAAUGCACAUGGCCGAUUUGAUCAUGAAUUGGGGGCAGAACAGGUACCGCUUCCCUCGACUCUUUCUUCUACUCCUUCUGAUUGGGCUUGAUGUGGGUGCUGGAGCAAUGGCGAAGCCCGACGAUGUGACUGGACAUGCUGCACAUUUUGGUGGCUAUCUUGCAGGACUUAUCUUCGGACUGUGCUUUGUACGCAAUGUCAAGGUUACCAAAUGUGAGAAAUAUCUACAGGCCGUGGGAGUCUUCAUCGGCUGUGGAUGCCUGAUCUUCUGCCUCGUCUGGAUCGCUCUUUGGGCUCCAAGAUCACUGUGGGAUGGUGGUGUGCCCUGGUGCUGGGCACGGCAGGGCUUUUCGUAUCCCUUCUUUGGUGAUCGAGAAUGGCACUGCCUUCGUUGCGCCGACGAGACAUGCAUUGCAGGCUUCGAGGCAGAACUCUCCACAAGUUUGACAGUCGUGAGCUACAUUGCAUGUGAUUCAGGUGGCUUAUGGUGGAACUGA